AAUGCUUCUCAUUUCUCGUGUCUUCCUGCUGCCAACACAAUGCCUCCCAGCAUGUUUUAUCUCCUCUUCCUUCUGCCUGCUUGCACCCUGUCUGAGGUUUCCACGUUCAAAAAGUGUCCUCAGUUUUUUUUUUCUGCAGGAAUCCAUCCAACAGUGUUGUACGAUUCAGUGGACAACACUCGUUACACACAGAUAUGCCAGUGCCUCCUCGACCAAAAUGAGAGACCCCAAUAUUUCUAUGCCACUCUGUAUGACACCAAGAAUAAAAUCCCUGUUUACUCAGCCUACGAGUUUCGACGUGCAGAUGUUGACAGGGUUGAUCGCUGGUAUGUGGAACCACAGUUAGAUGGAGGAAAUCUUGUAUGUAUGGCAUCUCAGGGCAACGUCCCGUCACCCAAUCGAGGACAGCGGCAGGCUCUAAACAGUGAUUAUGAGGGAUCUGGCUAUGACAAGGGCCACCUGUUCCCUGUUUACCACACUCACAAUGCAGACACCAUGCUGGCUACCUCGACGCUGACCAACGCAGCUCCUCAAGAUCCUAGUUUCAACCGUGGUCAGUGGAAAAAGCAGGAGGAAGAUAUGGCCAAAGCAAUGCAGCAAAACUGUGAUAGGGCUUACAUUGUCACUGGUGUAGUCCCUGGGAAUCAAGUAAUUGGGAAUAAUGUAAGAGUGGCGCGUUAUUACUGGAGUGCUUACUGCUGUUUUGGAAACAGUGGUUCACUAAGCUCAGCUGGCUACAUUGGUCCUGAUAACAAUGGUCAAGUGCAGCAGGGCAGUGUGAUGUGGCUGGAAAAGCAGCUUAGCGGGCAUUAUGGGUCUUACUUCAGUAUCUUUCAAGGCUCAUGCUAAUACUAACCAUACCAUGAAGUACUAUCAGUGUGAAAGGAACAUGUUUUAAAAAUAUAUAAAAUCAGAAUUUUAAAUGAUUUGAGUUUUUGCACCUAUUAUAUACACAGUGGAACCUUGGAUUGUAAGUAACUUGGUCUGUGAGUGUUUUGCAAGAUAAGCUAAAUUCUUUAAUUAAUUUUAACUUAAUAAACGAGCGAGGUAGAACGCAUGCACUUUGUCUGCCGAACGUCACAUGAUCACAACUGAGACAAUGGUUCUUCUCUUUCAGACACUGCUGGAUUGUGGGUAAUAGCCUCUCUGUCAGAGAGCAGUCAUUCUGUUUGUGUGUGCACCCGCGCACCAAAGUGUCAUUAGAGUGGCUUCUUGUUAAAAAAGUUUCCAGCAGUGUUUCCAUCAUACCGAGUCACAGGAUCCUUUUCACAGGCUGUUUCACUCCAUACUACUAGUCUGACAGAUCCGCUGAAUCCCACGGUUUAGAUGAAUCAGUAAGGACAUAAUAGUAUUUUGAGUCUUUUUUGUUUCUGACCAUAAAACGAGAAUAAAAAAUGAAUGAAAUUUAUUUCACAUAAAUGAAAAUUAAACAAAUUAUUAAAAUAAUUAUAAAUAUA